GCCUUUUUCUUUGUGACAUUUGUUUUUUUUUUUUUUCGUGGUGUAAAAUAUUUGUGCAUUUUGGACCAAUAAGAAGUGUUAGCUAUUGUAUAGUAAAAUAAAUUCUCCCAGGUGUUUGAGGCUAUAUGGGAUUAGGGUAAUCACUAUAUGUUGUAAAUGUGACGUGUUACUCAUCAUUGUAUUCGGAAUAGAGUACAAGUGUAUAAAGUAAAUAAAGCAGAACGACCCAUAAACAUAGGAACUACACCAUGACCCAAUCUCGAGAAGAUGGCUCAACAGAUUCGAUACGAUGCAAACAUGAAGAAUUAUGCAGGGAGCUUAAUAUGGAUAGAGAGACUGAGGAAUUAUCUUGGAGUAUAUUUGUAGAAAUCUCCAAGAGAUUCUCGCUGGAGGGAGAAGUUUUUCAUUGGCUUUGUUGUGCGUUAUAUGCUGCUAGCCGUGGUUCGUAUACCCCUACCGUAGGUGGAACCAAUGACGUUGUCUUGGGCAACUGUAUAUCUGUCAUUAAGUUGUUGCGUAGUUGCAAUAUGAGCAUUCAUGAAUUUACAUCCAAAAUGAGAAAAUGGCACGAAAUGGCAAGACUUCCCGAAUCGUUUUUAAACCAGAUUAAUAAAAUGGAACGUAGCUAUAGCAUGACAUCAAAUGUUUUUAUUCGAUAUGCAGAUAUUUUCGAGCAGCUAUUCCUACCUCCUCCAAAUGAAAAGAAAAAUUGCAAAUUCAGGUCCGCAAAAUGUCCUUAUGGAAAACUCUUUGAGAUAUGUUGGUGCCUGUAUCUUUGUGCUAAAAAUCAAAACAAAGUAACGGACAUAGUCAUGUCUUUCCAUUUAUUGAUCUGGUGUAUAGACUUGAUCUAUAGAAAUGUGUUGAACGAAAAUCCCGAUCUCAUCAACCCAAAAUUUGUGGGUGUACCGCCAAAGUGGGGCAAACCUGAUUUCGAUAUUAGAAUCUUGAAGGACUAUUGCAUUAUUGAGCCUAUUUGCAAUAUGUCGAAUGCGUCCCCGCUAGAUGCGAAAAAUAUGAAGGAGACAUUUAAAGGGAUUAUAAAAACGUUCUUGAAAGCCAAUACAUUGUACGGUACUGAAGACACUUUAAUCUCUAAUGCAUAUUUUGAAAGGAAUUUGAGGUCACUGAAAGGAGCUUAUGAACAAUAUGUUUUAAACAUGGCAGAAUUGGAUGAAAGAAUUUUGUUGGACUAUCGCAAAAUUAACAGUACUCAUGAUUCAUCUGGACUAAAAAUUGAUUUACAUCCGGAAAUGAAGUCUCUUAUGCCAAAUACUCCGUACACUCGUAAGGAGAGUCUUCCUAGUAAGGAUGGUGUUUUCGAUCCUGUGGCAAAUGCAACGAAUAAUGUUAAGAAGCUACGCGAAAUUUCCCACAUUACGGAGCCAUCUGAAUUUAUACGAAAAUCGACAAAUGAAGAAGUUUUGAAGAAGAUUCAAGACAAAGUGAACUACAUGGCAAAACUUUUCCACAACAAAUUUCCCAAUAAAGAAGAGUCCGUCAACAAAUUUCAAUUGGCAAAGUCAUUGUAUUACUAUUUGCUUGACAAAAUACUACACUUCGAAGUCCGACAAAAGCCUAUCGAUCUCAAUAUCCUAUUCCAAAGGGAUAGCUUUAAUACAACACUUAUUGCAUGUAGUGUCGAAAUCGUUCUGGAUGCAUACGAUUCACCACUAAAAUUUCCAUGGAUACUGGAAUGUUUCGGAAUUAAUGCCUUCGAAUUUUGCAAGUUGAUUGAGAUCAUAGUGCGAAGUCACGACAAUAUUCUCAAUCGAGAACUUAUAAAGCAUUUGAAUUUAAUCGAAGAAACAUGUCUUGAGUCUUUGGCUUGGAAGAAAAAUUCUCCACUAUGGGAGUUAAUAAAGAAGGAACCAAUACCCUUACCGACAUGGUCAGAAGUUAAAGUUGGACAUAUAGACAGCAAUGAGCCGCAAUUGCAAUCACCAAUGAACUCUGCAUUUGAUACAUUUAGCGCUUCUACUACACCUAUAGUUAAUGAAUCUGUCAGAAGGGACCUCUUCAAUACCCCAAAAGAGACAACAUCAGGUAAUAGAACAAAUGACGUGGAUAGGUUAAAUGUUCCUAAACGAUCAAAGCCGCUGAAACUAUUUCUUAGAAAGUUCUAUAAACUAGCUUGGUUGCGUAUAAAGGAACUGUGCAAGGAAUUGGAUCUAGGUGAAGAAAUGAUACAAAAAAUAUGGACACUAUUUGAAUAUUCAAUAACCCAAAAAACUGAGUUAAUGCAGGAUAGACAUUUAGAUCAAAUUUUCAUGUGUGCAAUAUAUUUAUAUAUAAAGGUCGGUGAAGUCAAUGGAAAAUUGUUCAGAGAUAUUAUGAAAUUUUACAGAAAGCAGCCACAGGCUACCAGCAGUAUAUAUAGAGAAGUCUUAAUUAAAACAGAUAAUGGAGAAAAAACUGUUGGAGAUAUUAUUAAAUUUUAUAAUGAAAUUUAUAUGCAAAAGAUGACACCAUAUGCCUGGAAUUUUAGAAAGGACCCGGAAAGAUCUGAUAGCGAUCUUCUACUAUCACCACACCCAACUGAAAAACAGACUAUUCCACGACAACUUUCUAGUAAUCAUAACUUCUAUGUGCACUCUAUGGACAAGAAUGAAUCAGAUAAGUAUACGGCAUCACCAAAUCAAUUCACGUUUGAGUUUUGUCGCAGUUCCCCAAAGGAUCUCGAAAAAAUGAACGCUUUUACAAGUAGCAAGGGCAAAAGGAAUCUUCCAUUUGACUUAAGUGAUACAACGAAUGAAGUAGACAGAAAACGAGGCAGAGGAGGAUCUGGGAAUCAAGUACUCUUAAAAAUGAUGCAAGAUCGCCAACAAGAGCACAAGUAAUCAUACUGACAUAAUAUUAUUUAUUAUAAAAUACCUACGUUAAUUUUUUAUAACAGAAGAGAUAAUCAUAUGAAAUUAAAAUAUCAUAAUGAAGUAAUCUGUAUAUAAUAUGCUAAUUAGGAACCGUUAAUUUUUACCAAAUUUAAUUAAAAAUGAGAAUUUUUAAGAAAGUUUGUCAUCGUGAAUUGUUUGAACACAUAAAUUAUAAUUUUGUAAUUUUGGUGUGUUAUUUUAAUUAUUCCCCUUAAUAAUUACCAUAUAUAUAUUUUAUUUAAUUUAAUUUAAUAUACAUAACUAUACGGUAUACAUAUUUGAAUUAACAACUCGUUGUUUUAGAAUGAAUUCCAAUAAAUGUGUACGUGUACAUACAUAUAAAAAA